AUGUAUUAUUAUGAUAGUUGUGAAAGUAUUAAAACAGGAACUUUUAGAGAUGAUAAUACUAUUCAAUCAUUUACAUUUUGUGAUGAUUUCAAUAAACAAAUAGAACCUGGAUCACUGCCACCCAAAUUAAAAUCGUUGAUUUUUGGAGAAUAUUUUGAUCAAAUCCUACUGCCUGGUUCACUACCACCAACACUAGAGGUUCUUGUUUUAAGUGAGAAUUACGAUCAACCAUUUCUACCUGGAGUGCUACCAACUACACUGAAAUCAUUGAUAGCAAGGGAUUGCGAACAAAUAUCAGAGGAAUUUAUCAUCAAAUAUAGACAUAAUAAUAAUAAUAAUAAUAAUAAUAAUAAUUAUAAUACAGAAGCAGAAUAUCUUCAAUGUCAUUUAGUAGUUCCACUUCAUUAUGAAAUUAAUGUUGAUAUGGGUGAAGUUGAAGAAGAAGAAGAAGAAGAUAAAGUAGAAGAAGUAAAGGAAAAACAAGAAGAAGAAGAAGAUAUUGAGGAAGGAGAAGAGUUUAUAUCUUUUUAUUUCAAGAAUAAAACUUUGUUUAAUUUAAUAAUUUCUUAUCCUAAAGGUGAAAAAGAAGAAGAAUCAGAAAAGGAUGGAGCAGCAAUUGAGAAUGGUGUCGAAAUGAAUCUACUUGGCUCUGUUUCAGAAUACGGAUCAUCUACAUUUUAUUUACCAUAUGAGAGAAAGAAAUGCAGCAAAUUUAGAUUGUUUGUUUUUAAAGAUAAUGAUCCUUCUGUUCUAUCAAUAGAUUGUGAUCGAUCCAAUUCCUACUCAUUUCAGUUCCGUAGUUAUCAAAAGUAUUCGGCCAUAGAUAAAUCUAUACAAUCGCCAUUGCUCCCAAUCUUAAAGCAACAUAUCAUAAAUGAAAUUUCAUAUGAUUCAUUAACUCGAUUCGGAAAUUCUGCUAAUGGUGUAUUUUUAGUUAGAUCUCAACUUGGAAAAUUAUGUGUCUAUAAAAGAAUUAAGUAUGAAACACAUACAAGGCAUUAUUCAAGUCUUUUAAAUGAAAUCAAAGCUAUGGAGUUGUUGGAGAAUGAAAAUAAAUUUGUUAAACUGGUAGACUAUUUGGAUGAAAAAGAUAUCAAAAACUUUCAUAUUAUAACUGAAUAUUGUAGUUGUGGUGAUCUACAACAAUUAUUCAAUCAUAAAGUUGAAGCUAAAAGAAUCAUUCACUGUGAUAUUAAACCUUCGAAUAUAUUUAUGACCGAGAACGAUCAAUUGGUUCUUGGUGAUUUUGGAUGUUGUAUAUUUUUGGAUGGUCAAAGCGAUGCUGUAGAAGAUUUGUAUGAGAAAUACAAUCAGUACAAACAAACAAUUAUGGAGAAAGAAUUACAAAUGAAUAGUUCUGAAGACCAAUCAGAACCAUCUGUAAUGGAUAUCAGUGAAGAGAAAUCCACAUUCAAAGCGACAAGAGGAACUUUAGGAUUCAUUCCACCUGAAGCAAAGUUUAAAUUGUAUUUCCAAUCAUUUGAUAUUUUUUCAAUAGGAUCUACCAUUCUAAAACUAUUAUCCUGUCAUGAAGAAGAUAGAGGGAAUCAUAAUCUAUUUAAAUUUGAUCGAAUUAUUAAAAUAUCUGAUGAAAGAUACUCGAAGAAUUUAAAGGAUUUGGUUUGUCAACUAUUAGAUUCUGAACCAAAGAAUAGAGAAUCUAUACAAAGAAUCCUAAAUAAAUACUCUGCCGAUAGUAUACGUCAAAAUACUAUGCACUACGAUAUGAAUCUACCACUAAAAGCUAUCCCAGAGUAUAUUACAGAGUUGGAGUUUGGAGAUAGUUUCGAUCAACCUAUUCCCACUGGAUUGCUACCAAAGUUACUGAAACAGCUCACAUUUGGUUUCUUUUUCCGACAUGAAUUAAGACCUGGAGUUCUGCCACUAGGACUAGAGUAUUUGAGAUUGGGGCAUGAGUACGAUUAUGAAUUGAAGCCAGGAGUGUUGCCACCUAGCUUGAAAACCUUGGAGUUUGCUGGUCCUUAUGAAGUUACGAUCAGACCAGGUGUUUUGCCAGGUACAUUGGAAACCAUUUACCUAGGAUCGUGCUCUACUUUUAUUGAACCAGGUGUCUUACCUUCUUCACUUAAAUCACUGACAUUUCCAGGCGAAUAUAACUACCAGAUUCCUUUUGGAGUACUUCCAAAUUCCUUGGAAACCUUGGCAUUCGAUGAUGGAUAUGAACUUGAAAUAGAUGAACAAGCAAUACCACUUCCAUUAAAGACUUUAACAGUUGGAGAGACAUCGAUUGAUCUCCCAGAACAUUCACAGAGAUCAAAAAGAUUAAAAAAACUUAAAAGUUUACUUCUAAUAAAAUAA